UCUUGAUUAUUCUAUCCAUUUCCAAUGGCCAUUUCUGUUCUAUAAAAUCCGCCAUCGUUUCUUACCAAAACCUCUCCUCUCCAUUUCCUCUCUUUUAAUCUCUCCUUCCAUUUUUCUCUGUUUCUCCCAGAUUUUCUUGACAGUCGUUUUAAUGCUUCUUCCAUCCUUCUUCUUUAUCAUCCUUCGUAUUCAUGUCUCCUGUACUCAGUGAGAUCCUUCUCUCCGGUUUCAUCAUCAACUCUGCUCUCCGCCGCCGCACCCAUCUUGUUCAAUCUUUCUCUGUUGUCUUUCUCUACUGGUUCUACAAUUUCUCAUGAACUAACUCCCCAAUUCUCCAACAAUCGCUUAAAUUAACAACUCAGUUCUUUGAUUUGUUUCAUUUCCAGCAAACCCGUAUCGGUUUUCAUCUAUCUUUCCCACCCACACACACACAAAAGAAGAAACUCCUCUGUUUUAAUACAAGACCGGUUUCAAUGGCGUCUCCGUUAGGAAGUUCAUCUGGAUCUCCAAGCUCCGACGAAGAUCUGCGGCUAAUCGUGGAUCAGAGGAAGAGAAAGAGAAUGAUAUCGAAUCGAGAAUCAGCUCGCCGAUCUAGGAUGCGAAAACAGAAGCAACUCGAUGAUCUGACGUCUCAGGUGGGUCAAAUCAGAACAGAGAAUGAACAAAUCGCCGUCAAUAUCAAUUUCACGACCCAACUUUACGUGAAUCUGGAGGCAGAGAACUCUGUUCUCCGAGCUCAGAUGGUGGAGCUCCGCCACAGAUUGGAUUCGCUUAACGAAAUCAUAAGAUUCAUGAACUCGAGCAGUAGACAUGUGUAUGAUUCUGAGGAGAAUGAUGAAGUUUGUGGCAUUGAUGGGUUUGUUGAUUCUUGGGGAUUCCCAUUUCUUAACCAGCCAAUCAUGGCAGCUGGUGAUUUGUUUAUGUGUUGAGGGAAAAGAAAAAGAAAAAGAAAAGAAAAGAAAACGCAAACCAAGCCAGAGUGGCUUUCAUCAUUGUUAUUGGUACUUUGUUAUUGUUUAAUGUGGAUAUGUUCUACUUUCAAAUGUAAUCAAACGUACCUUUAAUGAUAAUUACAUAUUAAACAAAAACUCUUAUUGCUACAA